AUGGAUACGUCGGCGUUUGCGUCGUCGACGUUCUCGCCUGUGACGUGGGUCAACCGUGUGCUGGCCGAGGGUGAGGCACUUGCUGACCCUCUUGCUGUCCACCUGGCCGUCGUCACCUCGCAGCUGGAAAUGGCCUAUUCCACGCUCUCUGUGCGGACGGAUGAGGCUGCUGCUCGUGCGCUGGCGGCGGUUCCUCGGGCCUUGCGUGAGCUCGAGUCCUUGCGCAAGUCAGCGACUGCCCUGGCGGCGGUGACGGCGGCAGCGACGGCAGAGCUCGACGAGCUGGAGGCUCAGACAGGGCCGGCUGUGGCGGAGCUGGGCACGCUGGAUGGUGCCCGUGAGCGGCUGGUGGCUUCGGCGCACGCACUCUCGCAGGUUCAGUCGCUCUCGUCAUCGCUGGCAGAGAUGAACACACUGUUCAAGGCCGGCAACUAUGUGGAGAUCGCUCACAAGCUCGAGGCCAUGAACUCGGCGCUAGAGCUGUUGGCAUACAUGCCGUCAUCAGACGAUGUGCGAACCCAAGUCGCCGACUACGCCACUCAGCUGGAGAGCCUGGUGGCGCCGAAGCUGACCUCGGCGCUGAAGGCUUCCGACGCCAAGGCUGUAGUCUCGCUCGUUGCAGUCCUGCGCUCGAUCUCACGGUCGGACGAGAUGUGGCAGUUCUACCUCCGGGCGCGGGCGUCGUCGCUGAAUGCGGCGUGGGGCGAGGUGCCGCGUGAGAGCGGUGGUGACGUCGGCAGCUGGAUGGCGAGCUUCAUGGCCGAGUUUGUCGAGUGGGUGGCCGGCGAGCUAGCGUUUGCGGGUGCAGUCUUUAGUGAGGACGCAUCGAUUGCGCCGCCACGUGUUCUGCCGCAUCUUGUCCAGUUUGCGCUCGAUGAGCGGCAACCGCCGCUAGGCGAGGUUGUUGGCGGCGUGGUUGCCUCGCGCGACCUGGUCCAGGGCUACGCGCUGUACUCGAGCGUCAUGACCGGCCUUGCGCUCACGCUUGAGCCGCUGGCGGAGAAGGGCGGACUGGUGAGCGCAGGCGAGCGGCUGGACUCGGACCCUGAGAGGCCAAGGCCGGCGCUCGGGCCUGUGGUGGAGAGCUUUGUGCAACCACUGGCACCGUUUCUGGACGCGCUCGUGCCACUCACGGUCGAGCUGCUCGAGUCGUCGAUGGCCGGCGUCAUCCAGCGGCACAUUCCGUCAAGCCAAGCCGGCUCUGACCCGCGGCCGGGCUCGUUUACCUUUGAGCUCGAUGCGUCGCUUGAUGGCUCUGCAGCGUCGUCGCUGUACGCCGGAGUGAUGCAGGAAGUUGCGCUGGCGGGCGGCGCGCUCUUUGACGAGUUGACAGCGUUGGUGGAAGCCGAGCUUGUGGAGGUUCACGUCUCGCUGGUGGGCGAGCCGGUUGUUGCAGUGCUGUCGGAGACGCUCAACUCAUUUGUGGGCAAGAUGUUGCAGUUGUUGGAGCUGCUGCGAUCGAUUUCACCACUGGACAAGGGCAAGACCGGAAGCGACGGGAGCGAUGGGCGGAGCGCAGGGCUGGUGUGGGAGUUUUUCCAGGCCUCGAUCCGCGGACUCGAGUCUGUGGCAGCACUGAUGGAGCGGCUCGAGUCGUUUGAUGAGGAGGUGCGCAGAGUGUUGGGCCGUGCGCUGCAGCGAGUGGUGACGCCGGAGCGGUUGGCAUGGUGGAGCAGCGUAGAGGAGGCCCAGAACCGCAUUGCGCAGGACGGGCCGACUCUGGUGGCGCUGGACGAGCUAGAGGCGGCGUAUGGCGGGUAUGCAAGCCUUGUGCCGCCGCCCGGCUCUGCAUCAGAGCCCGGGCGUGAGCAGGCGCAGCUGGCGCAGUUUGUCGUCCUUGCAGUGACCGAGGGCGGGACGCAGCUGGAGCGAGUCGAUCAUCUGCGCCGUGCGCUUGGUGAGCCGGGCGCCGACCGGCCGAUGACGAUGCUUCCGAAUCCUGCGCGAGCAUUUGCGGGGCUGGCGAGCGAGGUGGUGGGUCUUGCCAAGGCUUUUGCCUUUGCGCCGAUCGCCGAGCAGCUGGCCGGUGUGGCGGGCGACGAGGCGUGGCGGGCGGGCGGCGUGCCGCAGCCGGCGUUUUCCAUGACGCCAUCGGCUUACAUUACGCACGUCGGAGAUCAUCUGUACAUGCUACUGCAGCAGCUGGAGCCGUUUGCGGGCUCGCAACGGCUGCAGAGUCGGGCGAUGCAGCUGCUUGCGCCGCUCGUGCCCGGCGGCGGGAAUGGUGAGGGCGAGGGCGACGCGGGCGGCGAAGGCGGCGACGUGUUCGCGGCUCUUUGGGUGUCUGCCAUGGCGCGGACGGCCAUGUCGGCGUUUGUGGACGCAAUUUUGGAGGUGCCUGUGGUGACGCCGGCCGGGGCGCGGCAGCUCGAGGCCGACAUUGGGUAUCUCGCCAACGUGGUGGCUGUUCUUGGCGAGCCGCUGGAUCCUGCGCUGAGCGAUGUGCGGACGCUGCUGCGAGGCGAGGACGACAGCGUGGGGCUUGUCUCCGGGCGGGCGUCGGAGAUUGGGCGCGUGCUGGGCAAGGCGCGGGAGGGCGGCGCGUAA